CGAUUUGUGAUGAUAUUCUAGCGUUUCUAGUCUGGUGAAACAGUGUAGAAAAGCAGAAAUAAGCAGUGGACUGUGCCCCGGGUGUGCCUGGGGCGAGACAAAAGUGGUGUAUCAUAUGUUUUUGGAACUGGACGUAGAGUGACCAUAGGACCGAUAUUGCCUUGCGUCCGAGCUCGAGUACUAUGCGCUUGAUUUUCCAGAAUGAUUUGGAACACAAAGAAAUAGAACUUGUGUGGAAUUGAGCGGAAUGUGACAUUGUAUGAGAGCAUGGCAGCAGACAGCGAUGGGCUAGGCUCGGCGGGUGGGGGCGGGGGCGGCGGGACGUGUGGCGUGGUGAUGACGUGUGAGGGCGACCUCCGCGACCCCCGCUUCCCCGCGCGUCUCCGGCGCCUGCUCAGGGAGCUACGCUCGCUGCUCGCCGAACCUCAUCCGCAUACACUCAAAGUCAAUAAGGUGGAGCCAUGGAAUUCAGUACGCGUUACUCUUUCUGUGCCACGCGCAGCGGCGGCGCGACUACGUGCGUUGGCCGCGGCCGGGGCGCCGCAGUUACGUGCACUCGGCAUAUUGUCAGUGCAGUUAGACGGCGACGCCGCCGUGUCGCUGCGGUUGCAGCAUGGGGCUGAGCUUACCAUCAAUACUACGCCUGAUGACGCCAGUACAUCAAGGUCUCAACCUAACCCAGAGAUUCUCGCGGGACUAGGCGGCAUCGGGCGACUACUAAGCGAAGGCGAGAGCAGCACAAGCACUGCGGGAACAUCCACAUCGACCGAAACAAACAACUUCAAGUCCCCCAAUACGGUGUGCCCGAGAGAUGGCAAGAUACCACAGAACAUUCCCACGCCUACAACGGAUCGAUGUGAAUUUCCAUUCGGAAGUAUGACGCAAGCGAGGGUUAUACAUCGGAAGGAAAAUACUUUAGGUUUAGGUGGAUCGUCAAGCAGCAUAAGGCCGCCGACGGACGCACAGUUCGUCCGUCCAUCUACAUCAACUUUCCCCGCGCCCCCUCCACCCUACCCCGCGUCUGCAUCCCCCGCGGCCCCUGCCGCGAGUGGGGGGUCACCCGCCGGCAGCAGUGGGCAGCCCGUGGCGUUAUCUUCGCCGCUGUUGGUGAAUCUGCUGCAGAACGAUGCACCGGCGCCACAGCCGAGGGCCAAACUUCCUCCGCACCCCCCACUUCAGCAUCCUGCUAAGCUGGAUAGGCUAGAUGAUGGACAGGUGGAAUUGGCAGUCGGGCGCGCACCGUUCGAGUACCGCGCCCCCCGGCCGCCCGCCCCGCGUAUGUCACCUUCCGGCGCCCCUCCAUCCCCGUCCCCCCCAUCACCGAUGGCGGCGCCGCCCUCUCCGCUGCCUCCCCCGCGCGCUGUGCCUCUGCGUCCCGCGCCUUUCGUGCGCCGCGCCUUCCCCCCUACAAGGCCUGGACCCCCCGUGGCCACUUACCGCGCACCCAACGCAACGGUCAUCGGUCGAAGGUUUCCUUCCCCUGGCUUCUCAUCGGAGCAGUUCGCGGCGCCGCCCCCUCCGCCGUACAGGCAGCAGGCGCCGCGGCCGCGGCUCCCGCCCGCCCAAUCGCGCGUCACCCCCGAGGACCUGCAGGCGCUCUUGCCGCCCUCUACUACUAGCAUGGACCAGAAAACGCAGUCCAGUUAUCAGGAAUUCCAGAGGUAUCAGCAGCAAUACAAUGCCCGGCAGCGCGCAGCUUCACGAGCGGCGACACAGCCCGACUGGAACGAGCCUUAUCGGGACACGCUAGGGCUGUCACUCCCUGACUUGCCCGACAAUUGCGAUCUCGACCAGCUGCUGCCAAGUCUAGGAGCAGAUCUCAACCUGGACGAUACCGCCCUCUCCGCCAUUUCCGACCUGGACCCGAACAACAAGCUGGACUUACUCUACGACCAUCCAGCUCAAGACUCAAACAGUACAGACUCUGGUCAAACACCAGACGCGUUACUCCAGGAGAUCACGCGAUUAACGAGCAUGAAUGGACCCUACGAGUCCACAAGCCAAACCAGCGAAGUGCCUUCAAAGUCGGACUCGUUCGUAUCGAGUGAGUCGAUAAUGCCCCCGCCCCCUGUUCCCGUGCAGUCCACAUCUAAAGGCCUGCAAGCGUCGCCGAACCAUACAAGCAACGCGCCUUUCAAGUCGCCUCCCAAUGCGACUUUUUCUCCUAGUAAUAUGAGUUCAGAAAGAAUGAACGCGAGUCAGUGUAUGCCACCGCCGAUGAGGCUACCUGUCCGUGCGACAAGUUCAGUUGCAACUGCGACAGUAGGGUCUCAAGCCACAGCACAGGAAAUCGAGGAACAGAGCAAGCAGUACCUGAUCAAGACUCUUAUGAGGGACGACGACAUACCGCGCAAGGAAGAAAAGAAAGCAGAAGAGGUUACCGUAGCACAGUGCAAACUCAAAGACGGCGUUCAAAGCGUACACGACGCGCCAGAGGUGUUUGGAAUCGCCAAGUCUACGAUAGAGGACGAUAGCAAGAAAUCCGACGAUGAAAAGAGGAAAUUACUGAAAAAGGAUGACAAGUUGAUAGCGCAAAAAGGCGGGAAACUAAGAACGACCGGCGCGAAAGAAAAACCAGCGACGUUAAAGGACAGAAUCAUCCGAGAUGUAAAGACCAAAGUUGCCUUAUCGCGGCCGCAAACCGCGAAACCUCCCACCCCGGGAGAAGCGCCGAAAUCGCCCGGGGAAAAGGAAUCUAUCAAACUAAGGUUGAAAUUAGAUAAACAUGAACCCGUGGUUCAACCAGUCUACAAGGCGGAUGUUAGUUUCGUUAAUCAACCACCGAAAGGAGAGAAAUCUACUGAAGGCGAACUAAGAGUCCCGCCGCUACAUAUAAAGCUUAGAGGUCAAUCUGCAGUUAUCAAGAACUCCAAGAAGGAGAAGAAAAAACUCAGUCCUGGAGAACUGCAUAAGAAAAUAAAAAACAGGAAAUGUUCAGAGUCAGAAGACAAGCCUCAUAGGCGAGAUUCCGAAGAGAGCGCGUCGAAAUCGAGCGAUAGUACUGACACAAAGACUGACGAAUACCUACAUGUGAAGAGUAUAAAACUGAACAACCACUACACAGAAGGGGAAAUGAUAAAAACGGAAAUAACCGGAGACAAUAAUGUUGUAUAUAGGAUGAAGACAAUAUCGAAAAACGCGCAUAUAGUCACCAAAUCCGAAUACAAAAUCAACAAUAAAAUUUCUUUAGACAAAUUGAAAAAGAAGAAACUUCUAGGAGAUGUGAAGAUGGAAAAAGAUAGAGAUAAAGAAUGGAGGAACGAUAUGUUAGAUAAAGAAGGGAAGUAUGCCCAGAAUGAGGGUUAUAGAGAGACAAACAAUCACGAGAUGAAGAAAAAGUUACCGGUGAAGGAGAAAUGUGAUAAAACCAGUGACGGGAAGAGUGUGCAAUCGGACGCUGACAGUGAGAGCGUUAGUGGUGCUAGUGAGGAUACGGACAGUCGGGUUAAGUGCGAACGGACGCUCAGUGCGGAGGGUGCGGAAGGAGCGAAGGUCGAGGCACGGAGAGGGAGUGAGGAUAGCAAAUUGAAGAGGACAGCAGAAGGCGCCCUCACAUCGCCUAAUGGAAUCCUCUCUUCUGAGAAGAAGAGGAAAACUAGCCAUAGUUCCUGUCCAGAUCCCCCCGGAUCGACGAACGUGGGUACAGUGGUGGGUCGGUCGGAGUCGCCGCCGGCCGCGUCUAGUCAGCGCGCCGGCGCAGCCUCGCCGCGCCGCACGCAUCGCCCUAAGGACAAGUCCUACUGCAAGCUAGUUGCCGAACGGGUCGCCAGAAACGAAAGACCUGAAGGAGAGAAGUUCCCGAAUCGCUCUCCUACGUCCCAAGCACAGGGGGAAGACUCUGGGAUUGAGUCCAUGGAUGCGUUAUCCGAGAAAUCGCCGAAUCAAGCCAGUCAAUCUCCACCAGGACCGCAGAGAAAGGAACGCCUUGACAUGCCCCGUUCCACGAGUCCUACGUCAGUGCAGCGAAUAAUUGGAGUCAUUGAACAGCCCCCAGCGAGAGACGAAUUGCUUGAGCGGCUGUCGUUAACAGGUCAAGCGCGCUACGAUUCUGGUCCACCAGAUAUUGACGACAUCGAAGCUGAAUUGGCUAAAAUGCAUGCUGACCAUGUGAACGGUGAUGACGUACCGCGACGACCACCGCCAGAUACCAAAGACAGGGAACCCACGCCUAUAAUGCGCGACGAUAAGCAAAUUGACAGGGUGGACCAGGACAACAGUGAAGUAAAGACGGAAGAUUCAAGACAUGAGGAUAAACCCAGCUCACCUAAGAAGGAAAAGGAUGACUUUGAUCUGCCGAGCAGAGUUUCACCACCGCUGUACACUUACUCGAACCCCGAAAAGAACAACGCAAGUGAUGAGCCCAAAGAGGAGAAAGCUGCCGUCGCUGAAAACGGGGACGCGAAAGACGAGGAGAGUAAAGAAAAAACGGAAUCCAAGAUAGAACUGUUAAAAGCGGACUUUCCCGAUAAGAGUUUGUUAGAGCAGUUGCUAAUCGAGAUUCCGCCAGAGUACGUGUCGAAACGCGAAUCACCAUCGCCUUCUCAGGAACGUGUGGCGCGCAGUAGCGUGCGCACGCGCUCCAGCAGCAAAAUGAAUAGCCCUGCAGACGGACCGAAGACACCCAAACUCAGUCCGCCGCAACCUGGCGACUCUCCGUUACCUCGGAAUUGUUUACGGAGCGGGUCAGUCGACAAAACUAGCCCGCGUACGCAACCCGCACAGCCAGUAAAACCUGCGCCGCCAGUGAAACGCAAGCGCAGGGAGUCCGAAAGCUCGUGCGCCUCGACAGUAAGUUGUGAGGAAGCGGCAUCGCCGGCUGGACGGCCAAAGAAGAAGCCACGGCGCGAUGGCAAGCCGCCCAUCCCACAUAACCCGGCAAUUGUGAAAGUGAAGAAAGAAUCGGAUAGCGACAGUGACGAGCCGCUCAUCUGCAAGGUGCGCGGUAAGGGGAAACCGGUCAAGGGUGUGCGCAUGCUCAAGGGUGGUGCAGAAGGAGUGGGCACGAGACGCUCCGUGCGACAUCCCGCGCCACAACCGCCGCAGCCGCCACUACUGCAACCGCCGCCCCUCGCGCUUCCCACGCCUAUAAGCACACCCGUCCGGCGGAAAACCAGAAGUGCCGUGGGUGAAGGAGCGACUGCGACGCCCGGAGCAGUGCGAAGACGGCGGGCGUCCCGCGACGGCAAGUGACGGCGGCGCCGCGCGGAGCCCCGCCCCGCGCCCUCGCCGCCUUCGCCGCCCUCGCCGCCUUCGCCCCCCGCGUCUCUCGCGCCUCCUGCGCUGCAUCUACUCUACCCGCUCGACUGACACUCCCUCUGCCACUGCUGGCUCUACGGGUCGCCGCUUUAGCCGCAGCCACCGCGCCAUAGCCGCAGCGAACAACCGGUAACAUUGAAAUACAACCAUCGAGUGCGAUGCUAUUGGCCGGAAAUAACAAAAUUCGAAAUUUUAAAUUUAGGUGACGGUUCCAACCGGACAUUAUUAAUCGAUUUUUGAUGAAUCUCACGCGGUCAAAUAAAACAAAAUUGGGAUAAUAUUUCAUGCAAAAUCGUGCAAUAAUUAAAUAUAAAAGCGGGAGAGGUAAAAAGUUAGUGAAAUUUUAACGUUUUAGAUGUGUGUGUGUAUUAAUCGAUAUGACGCUUUCACGUUUGUUGAACGAUAAUAUGACGAAGUGUUCAAGUUUCAAAUCGAUUUGCCGCUGGACUAAAGUCGAUUAUCUUUUUUUAGUGAACAAAUCAUGUUACCAUUCACUAUAAUGCACUUGACUUUU